GUGAAAACGCCCGCGCGCACGAAGCGCGAUUGGCUCGCCCAACUGGGAAUGGACAAGGUCAAGGAGCUUCUGCUUUCAAAGGGCCCACUGGGAAUACUACGACGGAGUACAACUAUUCCGAUGUUGCCCGUCACGACGUCGCUCCUGCCCAGGUCGGAUUUUUUCGUACGGACCGCUACUGAAGAGCAACAGCGCCGUGAUUUUUACAGCGAGAUAGAAAAUGUUGAACAACGUCGCGGGCAAAUAAUAAAACAAGCGGAAAUGUCGGUGGUAAAAGAUGCAGAGCCGAUUGCUGGUGCACAGCAACAAGACCAACAUCUUCGCACUCCUUCGAAAAAACCUCCACGACGGUAUCAUGCAAACAAUCCAAACCAAGACCAACCAAUGGAUGAGUUUCCUGACCUGCAGCUCCCAGCGCGCAGCCGCGAACGGCGUGG